AGGACUCUUGUUACCAAAGCCGGCGUCGGGCUUAGUGGAACACCUUCUGUUUAUACCGUCGACUCGUACGCAUUUGUUUACAAAACAGGGACGACAUUUUUUUAAUUUUUCCUGCCUCUUUUGGGAUAAAAGCGGGAGGUUUUUCUUCUUUUACCCGGAUGAAAGGAUCCUUACCGCGUUUUGCUUCGACACACAGGCGAUCCACGCCGACUGGAUUAUAACUCAACAUUUAUUUUUUUUAAUUAUUUUUUUUCAAAAAUAUAUUAAUUAAAAAAGGAAUGCUGCUUUCCAAGCUGAACUCCCUGGCUCACAUCUCCACCGACAUGCCGGCGAAGCUCCAAGUCCAUCCAGCGAAGGAACCUUUCGAGAAGCUCUACCAGGUCGGGGCGGUGCUGGGCAGCGGCGGCUUCGGCACCGUCUACUCCGGUACGAGGACGUCCGACGGAUCCCCGGUGGCUGUCAAACACGUCGCCAAGGACCGGGUCUCCGAGUGGGGCGAAUUGCCUAAUGGCUGCAGGGUCCCGAUGGAGAUAGUGCUGUUGAAGAAGGUCGCCACCGGCUUCCGCGGCGUCAUCAAGAUGCUGGACUGGUUCGAGCGGGCCGAGAGCUUCAUCAUCGUCAUGGAGAGGCCGGAGAACGUCAAGGACUUGUUCGACUUCAUCACGGAGAAGGGCGCCCUGUCUGAGGAGCUGGCGCGCGGCUUCUUCCGCCAGGUGCUGGAGGCGGUGCGCCACUGCCACAACUGCGGCGUGGUGCACCGGGACAUCAAGGACGAAAACAUCCUCAUCGACCUCCGGACCGGGGAGAUCAAGCUCAUCGAUUUCGGCUCCGGAGCCCCGCUGAAGGACACCAUCUACACCGACUUUGAUGGCACAAGAGUCUACAGUCCGCCCGAGUGGAUCAAAUACCACCGCUAUCAGGGGCGCUCGGCUACGGUGUGGUCGCUGGGUGUGUUGCUGUACGACAUGGUCUGCGGCGACAUCCCAUUCGAGCACGACGAGGAGAUCGUCAGCGGGCAGGUCCUCUUCCGGAGGCGAAUCUCCGCCGAGUGCCAGCAGCUGAUCAAGUGGUGCCUGUCUCUGCGCUCGGCCGACCGGCCUUCCUUCGAGGACAUCGUCAACCACCCGUGGAUGCAGAGCACGUCCGCCUCCACGCUGCCGCCGCCGGCGCUACAGACGGACAAGUCGAUCACAGAGAUCAAGCUGCACAGCAUCGGCCACGAGCCCUCGGCCUUCGCGCCCGCCGCCGUGGCCGUGGCGUGAUGACGGCGCCGGACGAGCUCGGACUUGAAAAGACGAUAUUUAUCAAGGGGCGGGAGGAAAAAGCACCACCCUCAAAACAAAACAAAAACACACACAUCCUCGUGCCUCGUUUUGAUUUCACGUCAUUGUCAGACCACCACUGGACUCUGCUAGGUACAGCAGCAGAACAUGCGCUCGUUGCACGGACAGCCGAGUUAUGUAACUUGUUCUGGCUGCAGAUUCCUGGUUCAAAAGUGCCUUCUGUGAGAUUGUUAGUUAGGGGACGGGACGGGUGGGGGAGGUUGUUGUUGUUUUUUUCCUUACCUGGAAAUACUUGAAUUUAUGAAUGCAAAAAGUUUUCAGUUCUUACUAGGCUCAAGGCUUUAUCUCAUUUGUUUUUUUUCCACUCAUGGGCCUAGAUCAGUGAAGCCUAUGCCAUUACAUUACAACCACUACUACUACUCCAAUGUCAUUUUAGCAACCAGACCAACCUCGCAGCUCUGGCAGCAUCCUGUGCAAACCAACAAAAAAACACUGGACUUACCUCCUCUUCACUACCACAACAUCUGCCUUUCUUCUAUUACUAGCAAACACCACUUCUUUUCUUUCUUUCUUCCUUUCCCGCGUCACAUCUUAACGCCCAAAUGCACACCGCAAUGCAAAAGCCCAACCAUACCCUGGAUGCACCAUCCUCUGCUCUCCUUGUCAAAAAUGUUCAAACAGUGCCUCACACAGGUCUUAAAAAAAUGUCAGUGUAAGAAUUGUAUAAUAAGGUAUUUAUUUUUGCUGUGACUCACGAUGAGCUUUUUUUUUUCUUAUUUAUUAUAUUUAUGAGAAGAAUUUCGGCUGUUCGUAUAUAUCAUUCCGCAGUCACUGAAGGGCCCACCAUUGUUUAAAAAAAAUACAAAAAAGGCAAGAAUAUUUCUUUGACCAUAUUUAUUAUGGCUUGAAUUUUUUUUUAUAUAUAUAUAUAUAUAUAUAUUAGGGCUGCAACUAACGAUUAAUUUGAUAAUCGAUUAAUCUGUCGAUUAUUACUUCGAUUAAUCGAUUAAUAAUCGGAUAAAAUAGACAAACUACAUUUCUAUCCUUUCCAGUAUUUUAUUGGAAAAAAAAACAGCAUACUGGCACCAUACUUAUUUUGAUUAUUGUUUCUCAGCUGUUUGUACAUGUUGCAGUUUAUAAAUAAAGGUUUAUUUAAAAAAAUAAAAUAAAAAAACUUUUU